AUGAAGGGCAACAUGGUCGUCACCUACCGGAAUAACCGGCUCGUGCCAGCCGUAAUAAUGGCUACAUGUAUUAUCCUUCUCUUCUGGCUGGUUGACCCAAGCGUUGAGAACUACGGUCAUGGUGUCCAAAAAACAACCAAUCAGCCUCCACAUCAGAUGAAGGUUGAGUCACCAGAGCCAUUGCACACAACAACAAAGUCCCUUCCAAGCGCUCCCACCAGCGCACCACUCAAUAGCCCCAGCGGCCAUGUUGAGAACGACAAGCCAGUCGAAUCUAAAACACCAGAACCAGUCGCUUCGGUCCCUGCUGUGGCCGAAGAUGACGAUGAUGACAUUCUUCUCAUCAUGAAAACUGGAGGCACCACAAUGUGGAAGCGGCUCCUUGUGCAUCUCUCCACAUCACUCUCAAAAGAGCGAAUCUCUCCCAAAAACAUCGUCAUCUAUUCCGACCUUGCUGAGAAGGUCGGCGACUUCACCAUCAUUGAUGUGCUCGCAAACAUGACAGACGAGGCGAAGCAGGCGCCCGACUUUGAGGUGUACCGACAGCAGCCCGAGUACAACGCCCACAACUUCUACGUAGAGGCUGCGGGCGUGAACGGGGAUGAAUGGGGUCCCCAGGGCGGGUGGAUUAUCGACAAGUACAAGUUCGUGCCCCUGGUGCAGCAUGCGGGGGAGAACUGGCCCAAGGCCAAGUGGUACGUCUACAUGGAAGACGACGCCUACCUCUUCCUCCCCAGCAUCCGCCGCUACCUGUCUGGGUUCGACUGGCGGAAGCCGCACUGGUUGGGCAGCUAUGCCGCCAAGUCGGACGUCGUGUUCGCCCAGGGCGGUGCGGGCUUUGCUCUCUCGCGAGGUGCUUGGGAGGCGUCGUUCGGGAAGAACCCAAACAUGGCAGAGACCUUGUAUAACUACACGGCCGAGAGGUGCUGUGGAGACCAGGUGCUCGGUUACGCUUUGAACCAGUACGGCGUCAAGUUUGGCGAGAAUGACGGUGAAGAGCUGUUCACCUGGGGUUUCAACCCUCUUGUUCACUGGGCCUUUUCCUUCAGCAGAUCGAAUUGGUGUUAUCCAUUAAUGUCGUGGCACAAGACUCAUAGUCGGGACGUGGCCCAAUACUAUGAGCUGGAGAAGCGUUGGGACUUUUCGAAGCCAUUCCUACACCGCGACUUUUUCAAUGAGAUGAUUCUGCCACAUAUUGAAAAGCCCGCUCAGUGGUGGGAGAACGGGGCCAGUCAGUUCUCUAUCACCUCUGAUAACCAAAAGUGGCCCCCAGCUCCUGAAGACAGAAGCUCGUAUGAUGAGGCUGUCUGGAAGCAGGGUUGGCAGUCGGCCGAGGCUUGCGAAGCCGCAUGUAAAUCAUGGACCGAAUGCAUGAUGUGGUCCUUUACAGAGGAUCUGUGCAAGAUGGACGAUAAAAUAGCCAUGGGCCAGGGCUAUGCGCCCGGCAUGUCUCAACGGAAGACGAGCCUGAUGCACACCAGUGGAUGGAUGACUGACAGGUUACCAUACUGGAAAUGCAUUUAA